AUGGACGGGCAGACGAUGGUGACGGUUCGAGUUGCGUUGAGAGGUUGGCAAGGUGGUUCCAAGGCUCCCUAUGAUUGGGCGAAGGUUUUGCUGUGUCUGCGGCAGGCGGAUCCAACCAGCACAGCACCAGAGGCUCAGAGCCAGUUGACCACUGCGGAUAAGCAGCAGCUCGCACCGCAGACAGAGCACGGGGCAGGCGAGCACGGACCGACCUACUUACAUAAGCUCUCGAACCGGUGCCGCAUCAACAAGGUGUCCUAUCAGUCUGCUUAUCGGCAGACCCACCUUGCUCUGGGACCCGGCUCGGAGCUCAAAUCAUUUUUUUUUGAUCUGGCGAGCGCCUCGUACCAAAGCAUCACUACACCACCACCACCACCACCACCACCACCGCCACCUCUCCUCACCACACCAGGGCGAUCUACGGAAAGGAACCCUGUUACUCAAAAUCCGCCCAUCAUGUCCAACCAGAACGAGUCUGCUGCUUGGCCCAUCGCCGAUGCGGCCUUGACCCAGGAAAUCCUGGAUCUGCUGCAGUCCAGCGCUCAUUACAGGCAGCUGAAGAAGGGAGCCAACGAAGCGACCAAGGCGCUCAACCGUGGAACUGCUGAGAUUGUCGUCCUUGCUGCUGACACCACCCCUCUCGCCAUUCUCCUGCACAUCCCUCUCCUGGCUGAGGACAAGAACACCCCCUACGUUUACGUCCCCAGCAAGGUCGCUUUGGGCCGCGCAUGCGGUGUCUCGAGGGCUGUUAUCUCAGCUGCGAUCACAUCCAACGAAUCGUCUGACCUGAUGGGCCAGAUCCGUGCUCUGAAGGACAAGGUCGAGAGAUUGGCCAUCUAA